GUAGAAUACACAGUGUAGUCAUUCCGCCUAACAACACACGCUGGUUAUCUGGCUAGCUCGUAAGGGAAAUACACGAGUCACUUUCAAAAUGUCUGGUCUGGAGGAAAUUUCACCUCCCGCUUUGGACAGCCAAGAAGAAGACGGAAAAUUGGAGAGUAUGGAUGGAGAAUCAGAGAUAGACUAUGAUGAGCCCCUAAGAGGAAGAUAUGUGUUUUACAGGGAUCGGAAAGAAUGGGCUGAUUUGGAGCCGGUUCCCCAAGACGAUGGGCCUAAUCCUGUUGUGAAAAUUGCUUAUUCUGACAGAUUCACAGAUGUGUAUGACUACUUCCGUGCACUCCUGAAGAACGACGAGAAGAGUGAAAGGGCGUUUGCACUGACAGGCGAGGCCAUUGAUCUGAAUGCGGCCAACUACACCGUAUGGCACUACCGGAGAGUUUUAAUACAGGCUUUGGAAAAGGACCUGCGAGAGGAGAUGAACUACAUUACAAAUAUAAUAGAGGAUCAACCAAAAAACUACCAAGUAUGGCACCACCGACGCAUGGUUGUGGAGUGGCUGAAAGAUCCCUCUGAAGAGCUGGAGUUCAUAGCUGACAUUCUCAGUCAGGAUAGUAAAAACUACCACGCCUGGCAACACAGACAGUGGGUCAUCCAGGAGUAUAAGCUAUGGGACGGAGAGCUGGAGUAUGUGGCGCAGCUGCUGGAGGAGGACGUGAGGAACAACUCAGCAUGGAACCAGAGGCACUUCGUCAUCUCCCACACCACGGGCUACUCGGACGCCGCCAUUCUCGACAGAGAAGUACAAUACACUCUCAUACAGAUUAAGAAAGCUCCACACAAUGAAAGUGCUUGGAACUAUCUGAAAGGCAUUCUGCAGGACAGGGGUCUGGGCUCUCACCCGGGCCUGCUGGACCAGGUGCAGGAGCUGAAGGAGACGCACUGCUCGCCCUACCUCAUCGGCUUUCUGGUGGACAUGUACGAGGACGUCCUGGAGAGUGCCAGCGGCGAGCAGGGCCAAGAGCAGAUUCUGGGCAAGGCCCUGGAGCUGUGUGAGCUCCUGGCCCAGGAGAAGGAUACCAUCAGGAAGGAGUACUGGAGAUACGUGGCUCGCUCGCUCCAGUGCAAGUACGGCUCCGGAGAGACCAACACUCCCAACCCCCCCUCAGACCCCGCCACAGCAAAGCCCGAGCAGACCCCCAGCGAUGCCUGAUGGAGGGCACUUACCCAGCGCGUCAGUUAGUUGAGAGCAUACUCAUUCGAAAAACUACAAAAACCGGGGGGGGGGAAAUGAAACCGAGAAGUUGCUGGAAAAGAGCCCGUGCACGCAAGGCAAAGCCAUAGUUACUGCGCCUGGUGGCAGCCUGGCCAGGCACAGCACUCGCCAACUGAAGAGACAGUCGGCAACCUUCUAAACUCUGCGUAACCAUGGUGUUUGUGAAGAGAAAAUGAUUUGAGGGAUCCAAGCUGUAUGUUUAGGUGUAGGUUGCAGUAGGCCAUGUGUAGAAAGAUGAAGAGAGUGUAUUUUAUUGAUGGUUUAAAAAAAAGGGGGGGGGGUUUGGGGUAGCAAACAUGUCCACUUCUGUUGUCCAUAGGGUUGGUUCUUUGUCAACUUAUGUGUAGAGUGUAGCUGUGUGUAUGCUCCAGCUAGCACUGCGGAUGAACUCUGCGUGUAUUGACAGCACCAAGAGUCUUUUUUUUUGCCAAAACACUGCACUGUAUUAAUUAAGUCAUCACUGCGCUAGAUGAUAACAUCUUUUGUAUGCUUGUAAUUAAUAAUGGUCAUCUUUAUUUAAAAA